CGCGCCAGGGCUUCUUCGAAUUAGGGGCCUGACUCCCCGGCGACGAGACAAGAUGGCUCCUCCGGUCCGCUCUGCAGCUACCGUCCCGGCUGCGUCGCUCGGCCCGCCCCCGGUACUGUUUCUUUAAAUGGCGGAGAGGGUCAGGAAAGCAGGAAGAGAGGCGCGUUCUCUCACGUGACAGGGGUGGACCCAACUAACAAGAUCCGGUCACGUGUAGACACAUUGUCAACCAAUCAGGGGACACCGUUUUAGGGUGGGGGUGGGAGGAGCUACGGCUCUGUGAUUGGCUGAAUGCGCCGCGGAGGCCUCGGGGGUUUGGGCGUCGGGGAGUGCGCGAGGCCGGCUCUUUCGUGUGCACUAGCGGAGACAAAGCGGAGGCUGAGGGGGCCGCGGAAGCGGCUGCAAAGCAGCCCUAAAAGCCCAAUUUCGUGGUGCUGAGUCCUGUCAUCAUCUCAUUCGUCGCACGGGCGGCUUGGGUCGUGGCGGCAGCGGUGGCGGCGGCAGCGGAGGCGGCAGCACAUGGUUCCAAGAACGCCCUGCGGUUAUAGGGUUCCAGUUCCGUGGGGAGGGACAAAGGCAGCUGUGAUCGCUGGGCAACGCCCGGUUGGGUACUGCGCUCUCCAUUGCCCUGGAUCUGGGCUCUGAAAACUGGGCCUGACUCCUAUUCCUGAGGACAAGCCUGGGAAGGGCCUGAGAGGCUGAGGAGAGGGGGAGGGGCGCGCGGCCCUCUUGAGGUGAUUUGGGCAGGUUAAUUCUGAGGCCUUUUAGUGGGCCUUUGUGAGGUAAUUUGACCCACGAGCCUGGGGAGACUGGGGCGGGGCUCUGAAAACAGGAAUCCGCCAUCAGCGGUUAAGAGAUCUUUCAGUUGGGAGCUGGUGAAGCCGGAAGUAUCGCCAUAUAUUCUUCACAACGCGGUCGCCAGUCUGGUGUGUGUGUAAGGAUCCCGGGAUCAUUGAUGGCGAAGACAUGGGUGAUUGUCCAGUUUUAUAACAGAAGUUGAUAAGUUUCCGGAUUGGUAAGUUUCCGGAUUGCUAAAUUUUCUAGAAGAACGAAAAAGGGCUGAAAGAAAAUGAAGAUCGAGCAGUAAUAAAACCGCCAACUCCGUACCAUCUAUUUCAAGAUCAUCCACGUUUCGACUCGUUGAACUAUCACAACUUAACGCCAAAGCUCCUUGAGACUGCAGAUUUAUUGACAUAGUUCUAUUCGAGAUACUACAUCAGAGUCUGAGAAGAUAAAAACUUGCAGGAGAAAUCAAUUGUAGUUUUAGAUAUUUCUGGAUAUAUUUUGGAUAGGUACUCAGUAAUCUUGUUUAAUUGUGAGGAGCACAGUCGUAAUUACCAUAUCUUUCUGGGAGGAAUCCUGGAAAAUCUAUUCCAUUCUAAGGUAUUUCCCAGUUGGUAAAGGACUGGACCUCACCGCACUUAUGGCUUUCACAAAUUACAGCAGUCUGAAUCGAGCCCAGCUAACCUUUGAAUAUCUGCACACAAAUUCAACCACUCAUGAAUUCUUGUUUGGUGCUCUUGCUGAACUGGUUGAUAAUGCAAGAGAUGCUGAUGCCACCAGAAUAGAUAUUUAUGCAGAAAGACGAGAGGAUCUUCGAGGAGGAUUUAUGCUUUGUUUUUUGGAUGAUGGAGCAGGAAUGGAUUCAAGUGAUGCUGCCAGUGUGAUCCAGUUUGGGAAGUCAGCCAAACGAACGCCUGAGUCCACGCAGAUUGGGCAGUAUGGGAAUGGGUUAAAAUCAGGUUCAAUGCGAAUUGGGAAGGAUUUUAUCCUUUUCACCAAAAAGGAAGACACCAUGACCUGCCUCUUCCUGUCUCGUACCUUUCAUGAGGAGGAAGGCAUUGAUGAAGUGAUAGUCCCAUUGCCCACCUGGAAUGCUCGGACCCGGGAGCCUGUCACAGACAACAUGGAAAAGUUCUCUAUUGAGACAGAGCUCAUCUACAAGUAUUCUCCCUUCCGCAAUGAGGAAGAAGUGAUGACUCAGUUCAUGAAGAUUCCUGGGGACAGUGGAACACUGGUGAUCAUCUUUAAUCUCAAACUCAUGGAUAAUGGACAGCCAGAGCUAGACAUAAUGUCAAAUCCAAGAGAUAUCCAGAUGGCAGAGACUUCCCCAGAGGGCACGAAGCCUGAGCGACGCUCAUUCCGAGCCUAUGCUGCUGUUCUUUAUAUUGAUCCCCGGAUGAGAAUCUUCAUCCACGGGCACAAGGUGCAGACCAAGAGGCUCUCUUGCUGCCUGUAUAAGCCCAGGAUGUACAAGUACACAUCAAGCCGUUUCAAGACUCGGGCAGAGCAGGAGGUGAAGAAAGCCGAGCAUGUAGCACGGAUUGCUGAAGAGAAGGCCCGGGAGGCGGAGACCAAAGCUCGGACAUUAGAACUACGCUUAGGGGGAGACCUCACACGAGACUCCAGGGUAAUGUUGAGGCAAGUCCAGAACACAGCCAUCACCCUGCGUAGAGAAGCCGAUGUCAAGAAGCGGAUCAAGGAUGCUAAGCAGCGAGCGCUUAAAGAACCUAAGGAAUUAAAUUUUGUGUUUGGGGUCAACAUCGAACACCGGGAUCUGGAUGGCAUGUUCAUCUACAACUGUAGCCGCCUGAUCAAGAUGUAUGAGAAAGUGGGCCCACAGCUGGAAGGGGGCAUGGCAUGUGGUGGGGUUGUUGGAGUUGUUGAUGUGCCCUACCUGGUCCUGGAGCCCACACACAACAAGCAGGACUUCGCUGAUGCCAAGGAGUACCGGCACCUACUGAGGGCAAUGGGGGAGCACCUGGCACAGUACUGGAAAGACAUUGCAAUUGCCCAGCGGGGAAUCAUCAAAUUCUGGGAUGAGUUUGGCUACCUCUCUGCCAACUGGAACCAGCCCCCAUCUAGUGAUCUGCGUUACAAACGCCGGAGAGCUAUGGAAAUCCCAAUCACCAUUCAGUGCGAUUUGUGUCUGAAGUGGCGGACGCUCCCCUUCCAGCUGAAUUCUGUCGAAAAAGAUUAUCCUGACACCUGGGUUUGCUCCAUGAAUCCUGAUCCUGAGCAGGACCGGUGCGAGGCUUCUGAGCAGAAGCAGAAGGUUCCCUUAGGGACGUUCAAGAAGGACCUUAAGACACAGGAAGAGAAGCAGAAGCAGCUGACAGAGAAAAUUCGCCAACAGCAGGAGAAGCUAGAAGCCCUGCAGAAAACCACACCCAUCCGCUCCCAAGCUGACCUGAAGAAAUUGCCUUUGGAAGUAACCACCAGACCUUCCACUGAGGAACCUGCACGUAGACCUCAGCGUCCUCGGUCACCUCCUUUACCUGCUGUGAUCAAGAAUGCCCCGAGCAGACCCCCUUCCUUGCAAGCUCCAAGGCUCACCAGCCAGCCCAGAAAGGCUUCUGUCAUCAGCAGCACCCCAAAGCCUCCUACCCUGGCAGCCCGGGAGGAGGCCUGUACAUCUAGGCUUCUCCAGCCACCCGAGGCACCCCGAAAGCCUGUUAACACUGCAGUCAAGACUGUGCCUCGGCCCACCCCUCUAGUGCAGCCACUGUCACCAUCUGUGCUGCUCAACUCCAAGACCCCUCGGGAGGUCCCUGCCCCCAGAGCCAUCAGGACUCCAGUGGUCAAGAAGCCCGAGCUACCUAGUAAACUUCCCUUGGCGCCCCCUGCUCGGAAGCGGACUCUUGAGGUCUCUGAUGAAGAAGAGGCUGAGGAAGAGUCUGAGAGGAGGAAGGAGAAGUCCAAACGGGGCAAAAUUUCUGUGAAGGAGGAAAAGAAGGACUUGAAUGAGCUCUCAGACAGUCCUGAGGAAGAAGACUCAGCUGACUUUAAGAAGGCUCAGAAAGAUAAAGGGCUGCACGUGGAGGUGCGUGUGAACAGGGAGUGGUACACAGGCCGUGUCACAGCUGUGGAGGUGGGCAAGCAUGUGGUGCGGUGGAAGGUGAAGUUUGACUACGUGCCCACAGACACAACACCAAGAGACCGCUGGGUGGAAAAAGACAGUGAGGAUGUGCGGCUGAUGAAGCCCCCUUCCCCGGAGUAUCAGAGUCCUGACACACAGCAGGAAGGUGGAGAGGAGGCGGAGUCCACGGUGGUCCAGCAGGCUGUGGUUGUGACAGAUCCUUCCACUUCUGAAUGCAUCCGCAUUGAGCCUGACACCACUGCCCCAAGCUCCAAUCACGAGACCAUUGACCUGCUCGUCCAGAUCCUCCGGAAUUGUUUACGGUACUUCCUGCCUCCAAGUUUCCCUAUCUCCAAGAAGGAGUUGAGUGCUAUGAAUUCAGAUGAGCUGAUAUCGUUUCCUCUGAAAGAGUACUUCAGGCAGUAUGAGGUGGGGCUCCAGAAUCUGUGCCAUUCCUACCAGAGUCGCGCUGACUCGAGGGCCAAGGCUUCUGAGGAAAGCCUGCGUGCCUCUGAGAGAAAGCUCCGUGAAACAGAGGAGAAGCUGCAGAAGCUGAGGACCAACAUCGUGGCGCUCCUGCAAAAGGUGCAGGAGGAAUCUGUGGUUCCAACCUUGGCUGCACAGCAUCCCGACCAGGCGGGCUGGAGGUGGUGCGGCUGCCUGGGCCUCAUCCCAGCCAGACCCACGGACAUUGACAUCAAUACUGACGAUGAGCUGGAUGCCUACAUCGAGGACCUGAUCACCAAGGGGGACUAAGGGGCUUGGAGCCAGAGAUCAGCUCCCCUGCUUCUCAAGGCACAGCUCUCGGGUGGGGGUGCGGGGAGCUGUUUCAUUAAUGGGUUGGUGGACUUAGUUUGACACACAUGGGACAUUUGUGCUUUUUGGAGGGAAAAAAACUCUGAUUCUUUAAAUCUUCCUCCCUAAGUUUAUAAAUAUUUAUUUUUUAAAAGAAACAAGAUGCUGUGCCUGCUGUGAGACUAUACUUUUUUUUUUUUUUUUUUUUUUGUGACUCUGGGGCAAAGAACGGAGAGCCAGAAUGUCAAGCUUGAGCAGCUCCUCUCAGCUCCUGGCUCCUCAAGAUGUGGCAAGUCCAGCACCAUCCAUAAGUUGGAGAGGUUCUAUGGGCAGGGUUGGUUUCUCUCCUAGAGGAUGAAUAAUGUUGGGGUCCUGAGGGAUAGGGGAGGGAGAGAGCUCCCUGGUGUCCUGCCUCCCCCAGGGGUUCUGACCCAGGGGACACCCAAGGGAUUAUGGGUCAGAAGGAGGUUUGGCACUGAGUGGCUUCUAUCUCAGAUCAGUGGCUUUAAAUAGGUUGGAGAAAAAAAGAUCCUCUUGUUCAAUCUUAGCAUCCACCACCCAAGUUCUCACUGCUGGAGUGAUUUCCUCAAGUUUAAGCAUUGACAGUGAGGUUUCCUGCCUCAGUAACUUGAGGUUGAGGAGUAGGCAGAUCCGACACUGGUCAGACUGUUGACCUGGGUAUUAUAACAUCAAAUGUUUGAAUUGCAAAGGAUUUAUUUUAAGAGAGGACAUUGUGUGUGAAAGAGCCCCUGGUACCGAUGUGGUGGUGGCCUCCGUCCAUGGUGUGGCAGGGUCUAGAGCCUGUUGCUCUUUCUUCCUGCUUCCUCUCUGUCCUGCACCACCACACUCAGUCAAGGUCCCUGCUGUGGGGCUGACGGAAGGGUCUCUGAGCCACACUCACCCACAGGUGCAGGAGGUGGGCCCCAGGUUCUCCUGAGGCAUACCACGCCUUUCCCCGUCAGUCACCGCCUCAUACAGCUGUGUCCCUCAAAAACUUCUCAGGGUCAAAUACAAAGGCAAGAGUUGCUUUAAUAGCUAUUGGGAAAGUUCUGGUUUGAUUCCCCAUCCCCCAACUCUUCUUUCCAGUCUUUUAUUUGGGGACUUUGGGGUUUCUGAAGGCCAUGUACCACUGGUCUCUGGUUCAAACCAGCAUGUACCCACCCCAUGUCAGCAGUGGCCCAUAUGCUGCCCUUUGAGGUCUGCGUAAGAUGAAGCACUGGAGAGGGAAGCAGGCCACACUGCACAGGAGUCUUUAUCCACUUGUGCACAUGCCCAGAGGCACGUAUGGCAUGUGGGUUUUGGACUUCCCCAAACUACAUCCCUGGGAGAGGGUUGUUUGGAGGAAAUACCAUUGGGACCCACCCUGGCUUCCUCUGGGAGGUUGAGUGUCUUGGGAUGUCUUGAGCUGGUGAUUCCUCCCCUGUCCAGCUCUCUCCAUCCCAGGCAGCAUGUGGUCCAUUCUUGUCCCCAAACCUGUUUUAAUCUAAAAGGAAGUUGGUUCUGCAUUUUUACCAGAGGGUAAUACUCAAGUUUUUUAUUUACACAUCUGUAAUCAAAAUGCAAUACUAUAAACUUUUACUGGUGAGACUCCUGAACUCAGUCUGUUUUCUUCUCUUAGUAAAAUUCAGCACCUUCCUCCUCUUCAUUCUUUCUAUCAUGACACUUUUAAACUGUCUUCAAAUUCUUUAUCUCUACCAUCUUCAUUGUUUUCUGUCUUCAUCCU